AGGUGCGGUGCUUUUGCUAGUGGGCUCAUGUUUUCACUUUCUGUCGUUGUCCCACGUCGUUUGACCAGGGAUUUAACUCUCUGUUUUUCUUCCUUGUAAGAUAAGAUUGAGCCUGCAUUUUGAGGAAACGGACGGCAGGGCUGCGGUGUGGUGACACGGUAAAAAAAAUCAUUUCCAUCAUGGCGGACAGUCUACAAAAACGAAUGGAAGAACUAUCUGGUAUUUAUAAUGACAUUUGUACCUCUAGCGGAACGUUCGGCAAUUUCCUUCGAUCAAAGCUCACAAAAGACGUCUUGAAAAAAUGUAACAUAACAGCCGUAGACUUGCGCUAUUCCACGAUACAAAAGGACAAAAAGCUGUACUCUUUUAGCGACCACUGGGACCAUGAAACAGCCGUCCAUGUUUAUUCCACUCGGCUCGACGACCCGGUGAUGCUGCCCAUGCGCGAUAAGAACAAAUUGGGCGCCGAUGACACGUCGUGCGCGCGCAUGUUCGUCACUUCUAAACCAAUCCGUAUUCUGUCCGUGCAGCAGUCGCCGUUUCUUGAGCUGUGUAAAAAAUGGGCAGCAGGGCACCACGAGUUGGUAAAUCCAACCAGCAACGGCGCCCCCAACGGUGAUGAAGACACCCCCUCCAGUGACGUCACGCCCCCGCCUAGAGACGUCUUCACGCGUAAGAACGGCCUGUCACUCCUCGACUACACCUUGUUCCAAGAGCGAAUCAGCGGCUUCCAUUCAAUUGAGGGCGUGGCUUACGAAGAAGCUCCUCCCACACAGCAAACCCCCCACAAACAAAUCGCUCUGUUCAGCGGCGAGUCUCUUCUCCUACAGCAAGAGUUUGUGUACCCCGCUAAGAAGAAACUCCACAGAUCAGAUAAUGGUUUCAUGUGCUGUAAUGUCGAGCCAAGCCGCCCUCAAGCACCCCCGAUGAAGAGGGGUAAAUCCGUAAACACGCCCCCUUUCGCCACACAAUCCCCGGGCGGGAAACCUCUCAGCACCCCGCCCUUACCUCCUUCUCCCUACUCCCCUGGAGGUGCCCCACCCAUGCCACCUCCCCCGUACAGCCAGACGAAGACAACCCCUCAACCUACACCAGCACCCCGGCCGAGGACUCCGACCAUGCCAGAGGAGAAAGGCGACGGGAAGGGAGCGCCUAAACCCCCGAUGCCUGCUACCAGGUCAACCCCCAAGGACACCACGGCUGGUUCGAACGACGAUGUCCCCAAAGAGGAUGUCCCCAAAGAGGAUGAGACUGACACUAAAAUGUAGAAGUAUAAAAAGUUCAAAGCCGUGCAGUUUGUGUGUUAAAAUGUAUUUGUAUGCAUAGCAAAAUACAUUUCGACUCCUCAAUGUAUCAUUCAAAGCAAAAGACAAGUCGACUCUCAAUGUACCAUGCAAAGCAAACGACAGGUCGACUCUCAAUGUAUCAUGCACAGCAAAAGACAAGUCGACUCUC